CCGCUUGAUUGUUUACUAACAAUUUGUUAUCUGACUUUUCAAUUUUUCCGGAGAAUUUCAUGUAUUUUGCCGAAGUUAUUGCAAUUUUUUCAGAACUUUUUACUUCUGUGCUUUCGUCUCUUUUAAGAUUCGAAUGAGUUCUAAGAUUCUAUUUUCAAUUUGUGCUUCUAAUCAAACGGACGGACACACCAACUACAUAUUGUUAAUUUUUCCAACGCUUUGCGUCCCAUACUAAAUCAAUGAAUGUCAGAAUGAGUUGAGUAAUUAAACAAUUAUUAAUUACACUUACGGAAACUGUUUAAUUUUUGCUCAUCAGGAGUUCUGUAAGUCAUCCCAAUCCUGCCUCAACCUAUGUCUACGUUUGAAGUUCCACAGUUUGGGAGAAGUGUUUAACAGAUUCUCACCCAGUUAGUUUCUAGCUGAUCAUCAAGAUUCAUCCGAACAAACGAAGCAGAAUGCCCUUCAAUUCAGAUGAGCCAAAACCAAGUUUUCAACCAUCAAACAAGGUCAAGGUGAUGUCAAAACCAAUGCCACCCCCAAGUCGGGGAGGUUCAUACAUGGGGCAGCCUCGGAGUGGAGGAACAUCUGGAAUGGAGGGUUCAAUGUCUGUCAACUCAAUUAUGACAACCAAAGAAAAACAAAAAUACAUCGAGGACUACAACUUCCAAUAUUGUGAUGAAGCCUCCAAGUAUGAAAAAAUCGCAAAAAUCGGUCAAGGAACCUUUGGGGAAGUCUUCAAAGCUAAGGAUAGGAAGACGCAGAAAAAAAUUGUAGCAAUGAAAAAAGUUCUUAUGGACAAUGAAAAGGAAGGGGUAAGUAAUGACCUUCGCCCUAACUACUCUGUUCUCUAG